UUAAACCAGCAAACCCAACGAAAGUUGUGCAAAUUUAAUAAAAACCGGUGGCGGCUAACCUUGGCUGCAAAGUGAAGUGUGCGAAAAGAGUGCAGCGCAUGUAAAAUGCGCAUUGAUUCCCAGGGAUCAGCUUCGAAACCCAAAAACUGCAACAACUAAUCAAAGUUAACCUGCGAACUCUUAUAUAGCCAACUAAUUUUUGUACGACAACAAACCCCGAAACAUAGGAACCGUAGCAAACAACAGUAACUAAAGUAUUCAAAAAUACAUUUAUACAAUCCUGUAUAUUGAACGGACAACUUAUUUAUAAAGUGAAAAUCAAAGGAUCGACAAGCAGUACCAAGUACCCCAAAGGCACCCAGGGAAUCCCCAGAUCCAGAUUCAGUCCCCCAAAGGAAAACGGAGUUAUAUCCAUAUAAGCAUAGAUUGCGACAAAUCGUAUAUUCCAAAACACUCCAUUAGCAGUUAGUUAGGACAGAUAUAUUAAUACAUAUAUAUACAUAUAUACAAAAUUUUCAAUUAGGCGCCAGAUUAGAAACGAAAGCAAAGCAAUAUAAACGACGAACCUCAGAGAUACAGCAUAUAUAAUUAAUAUAAUCCAAAUACAAAAAAUCCCAGCCAAGUCGAGAGUGAGUUCGUAAUAUAGAGAAUACAGAGAGAUUCGAAAUUGUAGACCAGUUCUUUGUUAGCUCCUAGCGCACUCUUUAGCCCGCAAUCAACGUAUUUAAGCCCAUUUUGUAUAUGCAAGUUAUAAUCAACUAGGUAGGAACCCAACAAUACCGCACUCCCUCCGGUUCAUGCGGCCAUCAGUCUAAGAGCCGGAUCCUAGAAUAUAGAAAGUGUCGAGGGCAGCAGAGUGCAAGAACCUAGUGUAGAUCCCAGACAUCCGCCAGCCAUGGACGAGUCACAGCCGAAGACCCUUUAUGUGGGCAAUCUGGACAGCUCUGUGUCCGAGGACCUGCUCAUCGCUCUCUUUAGCAAAAUGGGCCCUGUCAAGAGCUGUAAAAUAAUCCGGGAGCCGGGCAACGAUCCCUACGCCUUCAUCGAAUAUUCCAACUAUCAGGCAGCCACCACAGCCCUGACCGCCAUGAACAAGCGCCUCUUCCUAGAGAAGGAAAUUAAGGUCAAUUGGGCCACCAGUCCCGGCAAUCAGCCCAAGACAGACAUCAGCUCGCACCAUCACAUAUUCGUGGGCGACCUUAGUCCCGAGAUCGAGACAGAGACGCUGCGGGAAGCAUUCGCCCCGUUCGGCGAGAUCUCGAACUGCCGCAUCGUGCGCGAUCCGCACACUAUGAAAUCCAAGGGCUAUGCCUUCGUUUCGUUUGUGAAGAAGGCGGAGGCGGAGAACGCCAUUCAGGCAAUGAACGGCCAGUGGAUUGGGUCGCGAUCGAUACGCACCAAUUGGUCCACGCGCAAGUUGCCGCCGCCGCGUGAACCGUCCAAGGGCGGUGGCCAGGGCGGCGGCAUGGGUGGUGGCCCCGGAGGCAACGGUUCCGGAGUGAAGGGAACCCAGCGGCACACCUUCGAGGAGGUGUACAAUCAAUCUAGCCCCACCAAUACUACCGUGUACUGUGGCGGCUUCCCGGCGAACGUCAUCAGUGACGAUCUGAUGCACAAGCACUUCGUCCAGUUCGGCCCUAUCCAAGACGUUCGCGUUUUCAAGGACAAGGGCUUCUCGUUCAUCAAGUUCGUUACCAAGGAGGCAGCGGCACGUGCCAUCGAGCACACGCACAACAGCGAGGUCCACGGAAACCUGGUUAAGUGCUUCUGGGGCAAGGAAAACGGCGGCGACAACUCGGCUAACAACCUCAAUGCCGCUGCCGCGGCAGCAGCCUCGGCCAACGUUGCGGCUGUUGCAGCGGCAAAUGCAGCGGCCGCCGCCGGAGCGGGCAUGCCCGGUCAGAUGAUGACGCAGCAACAGAUUGCCGCCGCCACUGGAGCGGCGAUACCCGGCCAAAUGAUGACUCCCCAGCUCGCAGCCGCAACAGCGGCGCAAUACCCUUAUGGCUACCAGCACAUGAGCUACUGGUAUCCCCCAGCGGCUUACCCCACAACCCAGAUGCAGGCGCAGUACAUGCAGCAGAGCUACUAUCCCUACGCCUACACCACCAGUGCUCAGCAAGCAGGAGGCGUGCCUGCCGGCUAUCGCAUGGUGCCCCCGAAUGUAGCAUGGGGCGUGCCCGGAACUGUGGUGCCCGGCGUAACGGCCGCCGCAGCAUCCGCGGCCGCAGCAGCGAAUGGUUCACUUGCCCCCCAAAUGAUGUACAGUGCUGCAAUGCCACAAUACCAGACCCAAUGAGCUGAGAUGUGACGCCAGCUUCGACGUCGUCUGCAGCAUCCGGGCAGUCGCCUCCAGCCGCAGCCACAACCGCCACAGCUGCCACAACUGCCCCAUCUGGCGCAGCUUCAGGAACUGCAAGCUUAUUACGCACGUUUAGGUUACCUAGAGUACAGGGUAGUCCCUGCCAAGGUGGAGCUGCCCCUCCUGGUUCUACCCGACAGCAACCACAUCAACAUCAUUGGCAGCAGAGAGGCGGCUGAAAAUUAAAUAUGGACGCACGUCCAUGUCGGUGUUGUGGCUACGGUUGCGAGUGAUUGUGUCGGACUGAAGCGAAAGAGUUGGCGGUGGUUCAGGUCAGGUCCCCCAGCCGAUGGUCGAGGCGGUGCGCGUGGAACUCUUCAAGUGAACCACGCUGGUAACAGCAAACUGAAACAUCAACUGAAAGCUCCGGGCGAUGGGCGGGUAGCUGUAACAAUCUAAUCCAAUCUUAAGUACGUGUUAAAAUAAUUUAAUGAUUUCUAGUUUAAGCAUAAAUAGGCGAUAUAAACGAGACGGAAACAAAAUAAACCGAAUGAAAACCUAUAAAACAACAAAAAAAAGAAAAAACAAGUGAGAAACAGACAGCAAAUAGAGAAAAGGCAAAAAAUACGCGACAACAGAACAGAGCAAGUUAAGAGUGGAACCCAACACAAUCGAAACCAGAACGUGACAAAGCAAAUUGUAAUUGUAACUAUGUGGAACAUGUGUCAACGAAGAAGGCAACGGAGGCGAGAAUUAGGAUGAAAGGAAAGCAGAGCAAAGGAAAGCCACAAGCAAGCCGAGAAAGCAAAACACACGCGAGUAAAAACAAAUUUAGUCAAUAAGAGAUUGUAAAUUUGGGCAUACAUAUUGUGUAUUUCCAAUGUGAAAAACGAAAUGCGAUAUAAAUAUGUAAAAUGUAAAAUAAAGAAACAAAAAAA